UCAGGCCGCAGAGGCAACUGCUCCUCCUGCUGCUUUCUGCCUGGUGUAGUUUUACCCUCUGAGAAACCCAGCUCAGCAGAAAGGCACUCCACUCUCCGCUGAGCGAGAGAGAGUGAGAGGGAGAGCAGGCGGAGGCGAGGGGGGGUGUGUGUGUGAGUGUGUGCCUGCUGGUCCCGGGAAGGAAGGAGAAAAAUAAAGGAGUGAGGGGGAACAGGCGAACCCGGGCUUACCAGGAUUACAGCGGGAAGGAUUACUGGGUCCUCGCCUCACACACCGUCACCGUCGGGACACGGCUCUUGGUCUGCCCCCAGGAUGGCUACGGCGGAGUCCAACGCGGUGGGACCUGCCGCCUCCAUCAUCAUGGACAGCGAGACCCUGAGGAGAAAGCAGAAGGAGAAACUGAAGAAACUUCAAGCCACCGGCGGCAACCCCCGGCCCCCGCGCUCGCUGUGCUGCCUGACCCUGAAGAACCCCUUCCGCAAAGCCUGCAUCAGCAUCGUGGAGUGGAAGCCGUUUGAGAUCAUAAUCCUGCUGACGAUCUUCGCCAACUGUGUGGCCCUCGCCGUGUUCCUGCCCAUGCCCGAAGACGACACGAACUCUGCCAACUCCAGCCUGGAGAAAGUUGAGUACAUCUUCCUGAUCGUAUUCACCAUCGAGGCAUUCCUAAAGAUAGUGGCGUAUGGUUUUCUGUUCCACCCGGAUGCCUAUCUACGGAAUGGCUGGAACAUCUUGGAUUUCGUGAUUGUGUUUGUUGGGCUCUUCACUGUUGCCUUGGAGACCAUCAACCGCAUCGAGGGGAUAGAGACCCCAGUGGGGGGGAAGGGGGCGGGCUUUGACGUGAAGGCUCUGCGAGCGUUCCGAGUUCUCCGGCCCCUGCGCCUGGUGUCCGGCGUUCCAAGCCUGCAGGUGGUGCUGAACUCCAUCAUCAAGGCCAUGGUCCCACUGCUGCACAUCGCCCUGCUGGUCCUCUUUAUGAUCAUCAUCUACGCCAUCAUUGGCCUGGAGCUCUUCAAGUGCAAGAUGCACAAGACCUGCUACUAUACCGGCACACGCAUCGUGGCGAUGGUGGAGAACGAGAAGCCGGCGCCCUGUGCGACCGGGGGCCACGGCCGGGAGUGCUCCCUCAACGGCACGGAGUGCAAGAGCGGCUGGGCGGGGCCCAACAACGGCAUCACACACUUCGACAACUUCGGCUUCGCCAUGCUCACCGUGUACCAGUGCAUCACCAUGGAGGGCUGGACCGACGUGCUCUACUGGGUGAAUGAUGCCAUCGGGAACGAAUGGCCCUGGAUCUACUUCGUCAGCCUCAUACUCCUGGGAUCCUUCUUUGUGCUCAACCUGGUACUGGGUGUGCUCAGCGGCGAGUUCACGAAGGAACGAGAGAAGGCCAAGUCUCGGGGGGAGUUUCAGAAGCUGCGGGAGAGGCAGCAGCUGGAGGAGGACCUGAAGGGAUACCUGGACUGGAUCACACAUGCCGAAGUCAUGGACAAUGACCAGGAGCACCGGGAAGGACUCCUCCCCUUGGACGAGGGCGGUUCGGACACAGAGAGCCUGUUCGAGAUGGAGGGAAUGAACCGCUUCAUCCUCUUCUUCCGUCGCUGGAGACGCUGGAACCGCUGGUUCCGCCGCAAGUGCCGAACCUGGGUGAAGUCCAACUUCUUCUACUGGCUGGUGAUCCUGCUGGUGUUCCUCAACACGCUCGCCAUCGCCACUGAGCACCACAACCAGGCGGACUGGCUCACCAAGGUGCAAGACACUGCGAACAAGGUGCUUCUCUCUCUGUUCACGGCGGAGAUGCUCCUCAAGAUGUAUGCCCUGGGCUUCCAGUCCUACUUCAUGUCCUUGUUCAACCGCUUCGACUGCUUCGUGGUGUGCGCAGGCAUCAUCGAGCUCAUCCUGGUGGAGCUCGGCGUGAUGUCGCCCCUGGGCAUCUCUGUGCUGAGGUGUAUCCGCCUGCUCCGUAUCUUCAAAAUCACCAAGUACUGGACGUCUCUCAGUAACCUGGUGGCCUCCCUCCUGAACUCCGUGCGCUCCAUCGCCUCGCUGCUCCUCCUGCUCUUCCUCUUCAUCAUCAUCUUCUCCCUCUUGGGCAUGCAGGUGUUCGGGGGCAAGUACAACUUCCCCGACAUGGAAGUGCGGCGCAGCACUUUCGACAACUUCCCCCAGGCCCUCAUCAGCGUCUUCCAGAUCCUCACUGGAGAAGACUGGAACUCUGUCAUGUACAAUGGCAUCAUGGCAUACGGGGGGCCCUCCUUACCUGGAGUUCUCGUCUGCAUCUACUUCAUCAUUCUUUUCGUCUGUGGCAACUAUAUCCUCCUGAAUGUUUUCUUGGCCAUUGCGGUGGAUAACCUGGCAGAGGCAGAAAGCCUGACCUCAGCGCAGAAGGAGAAAGCGGAGGAAAAGAAACGGAAGAAGUUGGCCAGAUCAAAUAAGCCGGAGAAAUCUGAGGAGGAAAAGCUUCUCUUGGCCAAGAAGCUGGAGCAGAAGGCCAAGGGAGAGAGCAUCCCUACUACAGCCAAGCUCAAAGUGGACGAGUUUGAGUCGAAUGUCAAUGAAAUUAAGGACCCAUAUCCCUCUGCUGAUUUCCCAGGAGACGACGAGGAGGAGGAGCCUGAGAUCCCACUGAGCCCCAGGCCCCGCCCCCUGGCCGAACUCCAGCUGAAGGAGAAGGCGGUGCCAAUGCCCGAGGCCAGCGCUUUCUUCAUCUUCGGACCUCAGAACAAGAUUCGGAAGUUAUGCCACCGGAUUGUGAAUGCCACCACCUUCACCAACUUCAUCCUCCUCUUCAUCCUCCUCAGCAGUAUCUCGCUGGCUGCUGAGGACCCUAUUGACCCUGAGUCUUUCAGGAACAAGAUCUUGGGUUACUUUGACAUUGUCUUCACAGUGGUCUUCACAGCUGAAAUUGUGCUCAAGAUGACAACAUAUGGUGCCUUUCUGCACAAGGGCUCCUUCUGUCGGAACUAUUUUAACAUCCUGGACUUGCUGGUGGUGGGCGUAUCCCUCAUCUCCUUCGUAAUUCAGUCCAGCGCUAUUUCUGUGGUCAAGAUUCUGAGGGUGUUGAGGGUCCUCAGACCCCUGCGAGCCAUCAACCGAGCAAAAGGCCUUAAGCAUGUGGUGCAGUGCGUCUUCGUGGCCAUCAAGACCAUCGGCAACAUCGUCAUCGUCACCAUGCUGCUGGACUUCAUGUUCGCCUGCAUAGGAGUCCAGCUCUUCAAGGGCAAAUUCCACAUGUGUACUGAUCCUUCCAAAAUGACUGAAGAGGAGUGCAGAGGCGAGUUCUUCCUGUUCAAGGAGAACGACCUUCACGGGUUGGAGGUCCACAAGCGCAUAUGGGUCAACAGCGACUUCAACUUUGACAACGUGCUGUCAGGCAUGAUGGCGCUCUUCACCGUCUCCACGUUUGAGGGCUGGCCGCAACUGCUGUACAAAGCCAUCGACUCGCACACCGAAGACAUGGGCCCCAUCUACAACAACCGCGUGGAGAUCUCCAUCUUCUUCAUCGUCUACAUCAUCCUCAUCGCCUUCUUCAUGAUGAACAUCUUCGUCGGCUUCGUUAUUGUCACCUUCCAGGAGCAGGGCGAGCAGGAGUAUAAGAACUGCGAACUGGACAAGAACCAGCGCCAGUGCGUGCAGUAUGCCCUCAAGGCUCGGCCUCUCAGGCGCUACAUUCCCAAGAACCCCUAUCAGUACCAGAUAUGGUACGUGGUGACCUCUUCCUACUUUGAGUACCUGAUGUUCAUGCUCAUCCUGCUCAACACCAUCUGCCUGGGCAUGCAGCACUGUGGCCAGUCUGAGGACCUCAACUCCAUCUCAGAUAUGCUGAAUGUGGUCUUUACUGGCCUCUUCACCCUGGAGAUGGUCUUGAAACUCAUGGCCUUCAAAGCUAAGGGCUACUUCGGAGACCCCUGGAACGUGUUUGACUUCCUCAUCGUAAUUGGCAGCAUCAUAGACGUCAUCCUAAGUGAGAUCGAUACCGCUCUUUCUUCCAGUGGCGGACUGUACUGCCUAAGUGGUGGCUGUGCUGACACGGAGGAGCACGCACGCAUCUCCAUCACUUUCUUCCGGCUCUUCCGAGUGAUGCGUCUGGUGAAGCUGCUGAGCCGCGGAGAGGGUGUGAGGACUCUCCUCUGGACCUUCAUCAAGUCUUUCCAGGCCCUACCCUACGUUGCACUUCUCAUUGUCAUGCUGUUCUUCAUCUACGCCGUCAUCGGGAUGCAGGUCUUUGGGAAAAUCGCCCUCGUGGACGGCACGCAGAUCAACCGCAACAAUAACUUCCAGAUGUUCCCGCAGGCGGUGCUGUUACUCUUCCGGUGUGCCACGGGAGAGGCCUGGCAGGAGAUCAUGCUGGCCUGCAUGUACGGGAAGCUGUGCGACCCCAACUCGGACUUCCUGCCUGGAGAGGAGUACACCUGCGGCUCCAGCUUCGCUGUCUUUUACUUCAUCAGCUUCUACAUGCUCUGUGCCUUCCUGAUCAUCAACCUGUUUGUGGCAGUCAUCAUGGACAACUUUGAUUACCUGACUCGUGAUUGGUCCAUCUUGGGCCCACACCAUCUGGAUGAAUUCAAGAGGAUCUGGGCAGAAUAUGACCCUGAAGCCAAGGGGCGCAUCAAGCAUCUAGAUGUAGUGACUCUGCUACGGAGGAUUCAGCCGCCUCUGGGUUUUGGCAAAUUCUGUCCUCACCGUGUUGCUUGUAAGCGCCUGGUGUCUAUGAACAUGCCCCUCAACAGCGAUGGCACGGUCACUUUCAAUGCCACCCUGUUUGCCCUGGUGAGGACCGCCCUCAAGAUCAAGACAGAAGGUAACUUUGAGCAGUCCAACGAGGAGCUGAGAGCCAUCAUCAAGAAGAUCUGGAAACGCACCAGUAUGAAGCUGCUAGACCAGGUCAUCCCCCCCAUUGGUGAUGACGAGGUGACUGUGGGGAAGUUUUACGCCACCUUCCUGAUCCAGGAUCAUUUCCGGAAGUUCAUGAAGCGCCAGGAGGAGUACUAUGGUUACCGGCCCACCAGGAAGAAUGCUGUGGAGAUACAGGCUGGUCUGCGCAGUAUUGAGGAGGAGGUGGCCCCAGAGCUCAAGCGGGCCAUCUCAGGAGACCUCACAGCUGAAGAGGAAAUGGACAGAGCCAUGGAGGAUGCAGCCAUGGAGGAGGGCAUCUACAGGCGGUCAGGUGGGCUGUUUGGCAACCAUGUGGACCACUUUCCCCUAGAGAGGAGCAGCCCGCUCCCUACCAAUGUCACCAGCCACCGGCCCCUACAGCUGGCUGACAACCGCCCAGAGGACAUCGAGUCACCCCCUGACUCUGUCUUCCUGCCCAACACAGAGUUCUUCCCCCAGGGAAAUACCAACAACGCCAACAGCAACACCAACAACAACGCUGCAGAAAGGUUUGCGGUCGAGAAUGAGAUGACCAAGGAGCUCCCUUUGACAGCGGAGACGGACAAGAGUAAAACAGACACCCGAAAGAAAAGACAAGCACAACCAGCAAGAGAGCCGAGACUCAAGAGGAGCUGUGCAGACCAACAGGACGACAAAGACAACCUCUUCUCCCAGAUCCCAAAGGAGAGCAUCACAGAGCAGAUUCCUCACCAUCCUUCAGAGAGCAGGAGCGAGCUCAUGUCUGUUGGCACCUGCAGCCGCAGCUCUGAGCAUGCAACAGGGGAUCGCGGCCGUCCAGUGUCGGCCACUGACCAGCUCAUUCAGGAGGUCCUCAUUGAGGGAGGCCUGGAGGUCCUUGCGCGAGACCCAAAGUUUGUUGCUGUGACGAAGCGGGAGAUGGCAGAGGCCAUUCACAUCGACUUGGAGGAAAUGGAGGGCGCUGCCAUGGUGAUUCUCAAUGGCCGCAGGGGGCGUGUGGUCAAGCACAGAGCCAGCACUACUCCUGCCCUCAAACACCACCGAGAGCCACAGGACACAACCCUGGCUGAUAGUUGUCUCUAAGCACCAUCACAGCUCUGAAUGUGACUUCUCAUUGUGGCAUCAUAUUCACUUGCCUUGAUGGUGACAUCACAGGAUUGUAGUACCAGCCAGCACAGCUACAGGAAGUGAGGGGGCUGGUUGCCAUGGAAAACAAAAUGAGGCCUGAUUGUUUGACAGGCAGAUCUGCAGUUGGACCCAAUUAUGGUGGCCGUGACUGUGGUUAUUUAAGCAAAUCUAAAAAAAAUAACAGGCUCCACCAUAAACCUCCUGAGAAUAUAUAUAUUUUUUUCUUUUCCCCCUUAAUUUAAUCAAAUAAAAAAGUAAUUAAGAACAAAAAAGUGUUUGAAGAGCUUUUGUCUGUUUUGGUUUUCCUGUCAGCCCCAAGUCAUGACUAAGAAACAAAAUGUGUUGGACAGUACUUACAGUAACUCUCAGAAUGAAUUGACAUCAUAGAAUAAAUCUUAUUCUGCUUCUGAAAACACUCUGCUGUGUUCCAUUGCAGAGGCAAUCACAGCCAUACUGUAACUGUGUUUUCACAUCGGGAACUUCAAGAUGAAAUAUAUGUACGUAAUUUCAAUCCA